AUGGUGGCCACGGCGAGACCGAGCUCCCGGGGCCGGAAGAGCGUGGCCAGGAAUGAGGGGGCCGGGGACACGCUGGAGGAGAAUGAUGCCCUGAGGAUGCGAAUCCUGCGCGAGAGAGGACGCUCAACCGGCUCAACCUGGCAACACAACGCCAGCGUGGACGAUGACGAUUUCGAAGCAGUGUUGCGCAAGGAAGGCGUCGGCUUGGGCGCGGACGUGUCCAGCCGCGGAAGCUUCGUCGAGAGGCCGAGCUUCGACCUCGUGAUCGGCGUCGCGAUAAUGGUUAAUGCAAUCGUUUUGGGACUGGAGAUCGACCUUUCGGAGAGAACAGACCCCAUGGUUUGGAUCGUGGCGGAGAACAUUUUCUGCUCCAUUUGGAUUGCAGAGACCCUGAUAAAGUGGUGGUAUCUACGACUGUCUUAUUUCUGCGAUGCGUGGAACUGGCUGGAUCUCCUCUUGGUAAUGCUUUCGAUUUACGAUGCUUGGAUAGCCCCGCUCGCCUUGUCAAGUGAGACGCGGAUGGAUCUCGGAUUUCUGCGUGUCGUUCGGGUCAUGCGCCUUCUUCGUUUAGUGAAACUGAUCCGAGUGAUCAAGAUGUCGCGAAAUCUUUGGCUCCUAGUGCAGGGCUUCACCGAAUCCUUUAGCACGCUGAGCUGGGUUGCAUUUCUCAUCUUCUUUGUGAUAUAUGCAUAUAGCGCCUUCUUCAGAAUUGUAGUUGAUUGUGGGAAAGAUUUCUCUGGUUGGAGCGAUUGCUCCAUGAUGUUUGGCACGAUGCCGAAGUCAAUGUAUACGUUGUUCCAGGUCCUGACGCUUGAGUCAUGGAGUAUGGUCAUUUCCCGGCCCUUAAUGGAAGUUCAGCCCAUUCUGGUCGUGCCGAUCAUCUCCUUUAUUUUGCUGACGACCUUUGGAACACUGAACAUCAUUGUCGGCGUCGUCGUGGAGAAUACGCUCAGUGCUGCAAAGCAGAAUUUGGACCUGCAGAACAAACGAGCUGAAAAGCAAGUUAUCAAGGAGCUGGAGCUUCUUCGGACAGUUUUCGAGGAGGCGGACACGGACGGAAGCGGCACAAUGGACAAGGAGGAGUUCAUUGAAAUCUGCAGUACAGCAAGUAUCAGGCGCGCGCUCCAACGAAUGGGCGUGCCUCUGGACCAGGCAGAGACGUUGUUCGACAUCAUCGAUUCCAGCAGGACGGGCGAGGUAACUUUCGCUGGCUUCAUCGAGGGAGUAAAAAAGGUUCGUGGGGCUCCAACAAGCCUGGACAUGAAGACCAUGAUGGUGGCCGUGCGUAAUAUCUACAAGCAGCAGGUGAGGCUGGAGAAGGAUUCGCAGAACCUCCAAGUGGUCUUGCUGGAUCUGAUUGAGGAAGCGCAGCGAAACGGAAACAUCAUCCGGCUGCCGGCAAAGGAGGACCUCGAGAACCUGCUUGUGGAGAAGCACAAGCUGAUGUCGCAGCAGUCCUUCUCCAGCAUCAAGUCCCCAUUGAGCCAAGAAUCGACUGCCUCGGCCAGACCGUCAUUGUUCGGGAAAGUUCAUGCUACUCGAACCUCCGUACAGCUUCAGGAGGCUCAGGCACAGGGCGGAAAUUCACUGCAUCACGAAUCCUCUUACGAAGAAGUGCCGGUGGCAGCCGCUGUGGAGGAGGCGGAGCCCAUGGACAUCGGACCGACUUAUGCGGAAGAGCAGCCGAUAUCGCUGUCGAAGAGUGAUGGUGAAAUGUCCAUCACCCCUGUGGCCAUGCGAGAGACCUUGCCAAACGCCGUUUCGGAGGACGAGGACUUCUUGGGGGCCGGCCAUACUGUGCAAGAAGAGGUUCUCAGCAGUGGCAGCAAAGACCGGGCAUCAGAGGCCCGGUUUGCGCCGCGGCCGACUUCCCCCUUGAGCCGCUAG